AUGGUGUCAGAAGGCUCUAUAACAAUAACCAUCGCCAUUAUUAUGGUAGUAACUGGCGCUACUAAUACACUGAUUGCUAAGUGAGUAAAAUACGCUGUUUAAAAGUAGUACAGUAAAGUUUGGCAAAAUAUUGAAGUUUUGAAAGUUUUGUCGUGAAUUUAUCCGCGUUUUCACAGUCAAAAACGACAAAACUUUUUUACACGUUAAUAACAAAGCUACAACUCAAAAUAAAGAUUUACAGUAAGAUUACCAUGUUUUCACUAACAGUUUUAAUAAAAUUACAGUGCUAAAAGACCAAUCUUUUCAGGUGGACAGACCGUUUAGAGUCAGCGGGCUCAAGAUUCGAGCAUCCCUUCUUCCAAGCCAAUUGUAUGUUUGUCGGUGAAUUCUUUUGUUUAGUCAUUUUUAUUUUAUGGUACUUGUAUCGAGGUGAAAAUGGAGCCAGACUACAAAAGUUUAAUCUAUUUUUGUUUGCAUUACCUACAAUUUGUGAUAUAUCUGGCACUUGUCUUCAGUAUACUGGAUUGAACUUGACUACUGCUAGCAGUUAUCAAAUGCUUGGGGGUGAGUUGUUUUUACUUUUUAAUAUUUGUUUUUAGCAUAGAAAUAACUUUUUUGAAACAAUCAUAUCAUUAUAAAUAGAAAAUAUUACUAAAAGUUUAUGAAAAAUUUAUUUUAUGCUUUGUUUUUACUUUCUUUCGUCAAUUCUUAAGUAAAAAAUUUAAAAUAUGACAAAACUAAUUAAAAAUUUUAGUAAAAAAGCUAAGAAAAAUAUUUUUCAAUAUGUCUACUUUACUUUUCAUUAAGUUUUAAAAAAGAAAUUCUUUUUAACUACGCAAAAAAAACAAUUGCAUUGGCCGGGAAUCGAACCCGGGUCGCCCGCGUGGCAGGCGAGCAUUCUACCACUGAACCACCAAUGCACAUUUUGAAAGGAGAAAAUUAGAGAUGAAAAGAAUGACAGAGGUGUUAAAUAGACUUAAAAAUAGCUUAAAAUUUACAUAAGUAUUUAAAAUAAAAUUUUUAAUAAUUUUCGAAAAAAAUACGAUUCUAGGUAAGUCUGACUCUAUCAUAAAGUAAAAUUAAGGCAAAAAGUUAAAAUUAAUUUCAUUGAACCAAAAAUUUUUUGUAAAAUACGUUAAAUAAAGCUGAAGUUAAAACUUACAAAUUUAUAAAUAACAAUUUCCAGGCUCCGUGGUUCUUUUUGCUGGCCUGCUCUCAGUAAUUUACCUAAAAAUGCACUUUGCCGGUUACAAAUGGCUUGGCAUGAUAUUAGUGACAGCCGGUUUAGCAGUGAUCGGUCUCUGUGAUAUGUACUUUAACGGGAAUACGGAAACUGGCAGUGACGUUAUUGUGGGUGAUAUUCUAAUAAUUAUUGCUCAAGUACUGCACGCAGUACAAGCAGUACUAGAACAGCAGAUACUGCACAAGUACGAUGUGCCACCGUUGUUGGCAGUGGGUUUGGAAGGAACUUUUGGAUUCUUGAUUUUGUCGGCUAUGAUGGUACCAAUGUACUUUAUUACUGUACCAAAGACCUUUUCACAUAAUCCACAUCAAAGGCUGGAGGACAUGUUUUUCGCUUUGAAACAGAUUUCUGAAGAACCUUUGAUUGCCGUUGGGUUGAUGGGAUUGAUUGUGAGGUAAGAACUAAAAAGUUGAAAAAGUCUUGUAGUUUUUUAAGAUGGAUUUUCACGUCUAAAAAAACUUUUCAAAAAUUCAUGUUUUAGUAUUGGCUUCUUUAACUUCGCUUCGAUAUCAACUACCAAAAGAAUGAACGCUACUACCAGAAUCAUCCUAGAAUCGAGUAGAACACUGAUUAUCUGGAUGGCUUCUAUUCCAAUGUUUGGAGACAAAUUCAUUCCUUUGCAGGUAAAAUUUGUAUGAGGGAGAUAGAGGGGAGAAGGAACCGGGGAUUUUAAUAUAAAAACAAAAGCAAGAAAAAUCUAACCAUCACUUAACCGAGAAAAUACUUUACCGUAGAAAUGCUUCACCGGAAGAAUACUUCACCGGAGAAAUGCUUCACCAGAGAAAUAGUUCACCUCACCAGAAAAAUACUUCACCGGAGAAAUACUUCACUGGGAAAAAUGCUUCACCGGAAAAAUAGUUCACCGGAGAAAUAGUUCACCUCACCGGAGAAAUACUUCACCGGAAACAUAGUUCACCGGAAAACCAGUUCUCCGGAGAAAAAGUUCACUGGGACAAAUACUUCACCAGAGAAAUAGUUCACCGGAGAAAUAGUUCACCGGAGAAAUACUUCUCCGGAGAAAAAGUUCACUGGGGCAAAUACUUUACCGGAGAAAUAGUUCACCGGAGAAAUAGUUCACCGAAAAAAUAGUUCACCGGAAAAAUAGUUCACCGAAAAAAUAGUUCAUCGAAAAAAUAGUUCACCGAAAAAAUACUUCACUGGGACAAAUACUUCACCAGAGAAAUACUUCACCAGAGAAGUAGUUCAAAACAGGGGGUAAAUUUCUAGUGCACAUCUUGCUUCACGGUCUCAGAAAUCGUGUUUUAAAGACGUUCAAAAUGCCCGUGUAAAGUGUCUUUUCCGACUAAAUCGGUUAUGCUGAGUUCAGCAAAAACUAUAGUUUUUAUGUUUUGGUUAUUACUUACAAGGAAAGUCCGACCUGCCUCGCUCUGAUUGACUUCAAAAUUUUUAUAUAGAAAGAUCAUAUAAAUAUAAGAUGUUCAGCAAAGUACUAAAUCGCGCUUUCCAGGAAACCUCGAGAAAAUCGAGAUUAAAAAAUGACAUUUUGAAUUUCCCGCCAACUUGGCAUUGUGUUUCAAGCUUGUAACUUUGCCAUUUUUUGACUUUUAAUAGUUUUUCUUUGAUAUACUGGUAGAUAACCUUUAAAUGAACUUACAUUUUUAAAUUUGUAAGCGUAUCUUGUCUGGAAAGCCGAAAAAAGUGCUUGAAACACAAUGGCAAAUUUGCCAAAUUGGCGGGAAACCCAAAUAAUUUAAAUUUAAAACUCAAAAGCGCGAGCUAAAAUUUUUUAUGGGUACUAUUGGUAGUACAAAGAAUUCAUAUAAAAAUUUUGAUUCUGAGCGGGGCAGGUAGGGUACUUUCCUUGUUAGUGUAAUAAUUUUACAAUUUACUAGUGGAAAAACAUAAAUAGUUUUUUUUAAACUCAGAAAUUUUACCUUUCAACAUAUUCAAAUGUAAGAACUGCGCAUUCGUUUAUUUCCAUUGUCAUUCUUUGUGUUGCUUUUUGGAGCUGAUUAUCACGACGGAAGUCAAGCGGUCGUCUUUCAGGUAAUGCCUAUUUUGUAAAAUUGAAAUAAUUCGAAGAUUUUCAGUUAAAUCAUAUGUCUGAGGGUUUUUAUCAUACAGUUUAUUACUUGAUUAUCAAUUUUAGACAUACAUAAUAGAUAUCAAAUAGACCAAAAUGUAUAAGCCUAUAGAGUCACCGCUUGAUACCUUCCCCCUCAUACGACUGCCAGCUGAGCGCGGCAUCAGAUAGCCUACUUAGGUGCGCUUCCUUAAGUUAUCCUUUUUAAAUAAUAUUGUAAAUUGUGAAAUAUGCUAUCAAAAUGCGCAUAGAUCAAGGUAUCUAUACGACAAACGGCCACUCAAGGUGAAAGUCGCCGAAAUCAUCAGAGAUAUAAUACAAAUUUACGCAAACAAUGGAAUUUUUUUUUACCAUCACCGUCAGUUGAGAGCGAAGAUACCUUAUAACCCAGUUACGAUUAUCAGACCAUGUCCAAAGAAAUGAUAUUGUGGCCUCGCUUGAUGGAUGGAUAGAGUACCAAACUGAAGAACGACAGGAAAGUGUAAUUGGUUGUUUACGAAUUGUACAAAAUUAAGGUUAGACUUGUGCACCACGUAAUAUAUUCGAUCGUUGAAUUCGUACUGUAGGUUGGAGUGAUACGAUUGCCAUACCAGGCUUAGUAAUUACGGUUGGCCUAGCUCCCAUGAUUACACCCAAAGUCUUGUCAUUAACGAUGAUAACAAAGGCAAGUGGGCGCGUAGCAAACAAGAAUUUUUACGCCAGGGUUGUAAUUUGGAUAAAGCUUCGUCCAUUCACUUCCAAUGCGGACUCAUCAAAGCGGGACAUCUUGAAUUCUUAAAAUCUAAAGAUAUAGCACGUAAACUACGAUUACGUAUGUUCCCGUCAACGAAAUCGAUGCAUUACGACUUUAUUUGCCGUUAUUUCUUGACCUCCAAUGACUGCACUCUCAUUCACGAACAUUUUGAAGUUCACAUCUUCCAUUGCUACCUGAAAUAAUUUGCACCGCUGUGCCUAUGCGGAAGAAUUUUUUCCACCCUAUCGCCUGCCACGUAGUGAUUGAAUUUUACGUAUUCAAGAACAGCCUUCCCCCUUUACCUUUGCCUCUUUACAAGAAUAUAAUUACCUAUAGGAGUUAUGAAUGCUAGACUUUGAGUUGAGUUUCGAACACUUACGUUUCAUCGUCCGCAUGUACGGAUAUGAGAUUAUCCUCUGAUCUUGGCUUCUAUUAUUCUGAUCCUACGCUUGUCUUCUAUUAUUCUGAUCCUACGCUUGUCUUCUAUUAUUCUGAUCCUACGCUCUGCGCUUCUACAUCUCUUGGAGCUUCUCCAUCGGCUAUUAGUUCUACUCCGACUUCUUCUACCAAAGGUUCCAACUUUGGUAGAAGAAGCCUUUCUCCGCCGUCGGCUCGAUCUGAACUUCCAUGUGUUCUGGUGGCUGACCUGGCUGUUUUUCUCUAUUUUGAUUAUUGACCUCCAUUGUCUCCACUGGCGGUGUGUUUUCAUCCUGAAAAGUUGCCAAAUUGACAGAUUCAACGCUGUUGUUAUUGUUGGCUUCAACGGUGUUCAAUUCGUGUUUCUGGGCCGAACCAUUGACUUUGAAUGUGGUUGGCGAAAUUUACCACCUGCUCAAAGUACGCACAGUGGCACGGAUUCCGGGUCUUAGAUUUUCCCAAACUGCAAGCGCAGUUGUACGCGGCAGAUGUGGCAAACCUCUUACUUUUUAAUAUAGUAGUAAAUUGUAAGUCUAGUACCAUUUUUGGAAUUCUGGCGUAUCUCUUAAUGCACUGCUGCCACAUUUCUUUUUUAAAUUCCAUUUUACGUUGUUAUAAUAAUGAAAGUAACACAACUCGUUGUUACAAUAACGAAAGUAACACAACUCGUGCGCACUUUCAGGGAACACUGUCUUUACUGAAUUUAUUACGGCUUCACAAUCAGUAACAAUGUAUUGUGGAGUUUUGGAGACGUGGGAAUUUGCCUACGUCUAUGCGUAUGUUGUGCUGAUUUUGUUACUCAUCAAAAUCACAACUCAAAACAUAAUGCAUCGGUUUAAGUUAACUAGAGUAAAGAAAAUUUUAUUUAAAAUUAACAUACCUAAUGUUAUAAACCGUUGGUUUUUGUUUUCUUCUCUAAAACAGCUCCGUAUACUGUAUGCUUGCAUAAACUGUUUGGGUACCAAUUCAAACGUUCCAUUCAUUAUUCAGGCUGUACUAUUUGCAAAAGCUGCGGGUCCGUAGAUAUUGGCCAUACAAAUAACGUAAUAUAUUGGCCAUGCCAAUAACGUAGGAUAUAUGUAUUAGGUGCUGUUCGUAAAGUUAAAACCUACGUCUUAGACUCGGAAUUCUUCUGGUAAGUCGCCUCGGUUUUUAAUUUCUCCACGGUACAUUGAAGCUACGUUUGAUGGUGUAUGUAUGCAUUCCCAUAAAACACUUAACUGUAUGUAAAUGAAUUUCGGCCAUGUAGAGUUAUCUACGUUACAUCGAGAAAUAUUGAUUACAAUUUAUGUGUCAAUAAUACAAGCAACCAAUCGCUUUUUAUUACGACAUUGCGUAUAGAAUGAUAUAGAGCCACCGCUUCAUUAAACACGGCCAUUUUUAUCACUAAUUUCCUUGUGCUAUGUAUGUCUUUCUAAGCGCAUGCAUAAGCCUUUAUAAACACGUGCAGGGCCAAGCAAGAGCUUUUGGUCUGGGAGCGCGGUUUGAAGAAAUCCACAGGGGGGACCAAGUUCAACUUUUUUCGAAAGUUUUUUCUGGGGGGGGUUUCAAAAGAUAAAAUAAAAAAAUAUGAAUAAUAUUCUUACCUUAGCACAUAGAAACAAACUCCUUCAAUAAUAAUACGUACCAUAUGCAAAAAGAAAUAAAUGUUCAAAGUGAAAAAACUGGUAUAGUAGCUGGCACUGUAGGCUCGCAUAGCAGACUUCAGGUCUUUAGAAUAACUUGAGAAAACAUUCUUUACACCAAAUGAAAUGAAUAAGUUUAACGAAUAAGCUAUUCUAAAAAUUUAAUGCAUGUUUAUUUUAGAGACGCAGACGCAGUUGCGCCAGAGCGUCCUAAUCAGUUACUUGGGACGCUUUAAAGCGCUCCUUUAUAAAAUAUAUUAAGCGCUAAAAUAAAAUUAUGCCCAACUUAGUCGGUAAUGACACUUCAUAUGUUUAAUUAGGGCAAUAUACAUACUUCAGUAGUAUUAUACUGUAAGAGGUUUACAAUUUUACUCUUAAGCAGUACACAAAAAUUAAUAUUAUUUUUAUGACUAAAAAACUACAUUUUCUCUACAUUCCCCACACUGGAUUCAAUUGGAAAAGGCACUAUACACAUUUAUUUUUAACAGAUUUUGCCUAAAUAUUAAAGUAAUAUGCCAAAUUACCACGGUAAACAGUAAAAGAAAUUUAAAAGUAACAUUUUUCUGAACUCAGCGCUCUCAAUUAAAACGGAAAAAACACUUUGCACGUUCAUUUUGAAUAAUUUAAAAAUUAUACUAUUAUAUAGAAUCACCCCUGGCAAAAUUUUUUUACCUCUGCCCAUUUUUUUUUUGCAAAAAACCAUUUUUAUAGCCUAUUUUUAAGAUCUCCACCUCCUCCCUCACCAUAAAACCUUUUUCAUCACCCAUAGAUUGAAAAACGUAUUAUUCAUAUUCGUUUUCAGGUACUAGGCUUCAUACUAUUGGUACUAGGCGUGUUCAUCUACAAUGACGUACUAGUUGGACCAAAAGUAAGACAACGUAUUUUGCCUUACUUUGAUGGAAGCCCAAUGGCAUUGUGUUGUGCCAACUUCUGGAGACCUGGAGAGGAAACAGCUGAAGAAGAAGACUUACUUUUCAAUGGAGAAAUGUAG